AUGCCUGCACCUGGCCUGCCUUGGCAGACCUUGUGGCCCUGCCCGCUUGGGGCCUUGCACCAGGCCUGCUUGGCAGAACCUUCCGGCCCCGCCCGCCUGCCUGCACCUGGGCCUGCUUGGCAAAAAAAAGACCUUCCUGGCCCCACCCGCCUGCCUGCGCCGGGAGGCCUGCUUGGCAGACCUUGUGGCCCGCCCCCGCCUGCCUGCACCGGGCCGCUUGGCAUGCACCGCGGACUGCUGGAAGACCUCCGGCCCAACGCCCAGCCUGCCUGCCACAGCGGCCUGCUUGGCAGACCUUGGGUGGCCCGCCCGCGCCUGCACCGGGACUUGGCGUGGCAGACCAUUACGGCCGCCCCGCCCCUUGGGGCCCUGCACCGGGCUGCCUUGGCCAGACCUUGGUGGCCCGCCGCCUGCCCCUUGCACCAGGCCUGCUUGGAGACCUUGCGGCCCGGCCCCCGCCUUCUGCCCCGCAACCCAGGCCUGCUUUGGCAAGACCUUGGCGGCCCGCACGCCCAUCUGCCUGCACCGGGCCUGCUUGGCAGACCUUCCGGCCCGCCCGCCUGCCCGCACCAACAGACCUUGUGGCCCGCCCUCGCCUGCCUGCCUGCCCGGGCCUGCUUGGCAGACCUUCGCUGGCCCGCCCGCCUGCCUGCACCGGGCCCUGCUUUGGCAUACCUUGCGGCCCCUCGCCCACCGCCUGCCCUGCCCACGGGCCUGCUUUGGCAGACCUUGCAGGCCCUGCCCAGCCAUGCCUGCACCAGGGCCUGCUUGGCAGACCUUGCGGCCUGCCCUCCUGCCUGCACCGCCUGGCCCGUUCUUGGACAGACCUUGUGGCCCGCCCGUCUGCCUGCCCACCGGGCCCUGCUUGGCAGAACCCUUGUGGCCCCGCCCGGCCGUCUGCCCGCACCAGGGCCAUCUCGGCAGACCUUCCCCGGCCCGCCCCGUCCUAGCCUGCUCUGGGCACGUGCUUUUGGCAGACCUUGUGGCCGCAUCCCCGCCUGGCCCGUACCGAGGCAUGCCUCGGCAGACCUUGCCGGCUGCGCCCGCCUUGGUGUGCCUGCCUGCAACCGGGGGCAUGCUUUGGCAGACCUUUGUUGGCCCCCCUCCCGCCUGCCUGGCACCAGGCCAGCUCUGCAAGACCUUGGCGGCCCGCCCACGCCUGCCUGCCCCACCGGGCAUGCUUUGGCAGAACUGCUUGUGGCCCCGCCCCGUCUGCCCGUACCAGGCCUUGCUCCGGCAGACCUUCCUGGCCCGCCCGCCUGCCUGCACCGGGCAUCUUGGUGGCAGACCUUUGUGGACCCGCCCCGUCCCCUGGCCCUGCACCAGGCCAGCUCGGCAGAACCUUCCGGCCCUCCCGACCCUGGCCUGCACCGGGCCAAUGCUUGGCAAGAACCUUGUGGUCCAGCCUGCCUGCCCGUUACCAGGCCUGACUCAGCAACCUGA